UCGGUGGCUCUUCUUCCUCUCAGGGGCUGGCGCGGGCGGGGGGCCGCAGCCCCGAGCAGGGGGCUCCCCCGCCGGCACCUCCAUCGCGGCCUCCCUUGGCCUCAGUGAGCUGCAGGCAUGGCCCGGGCCCGCCCGGCCUCCGCGCCCGGGGGGAGGUCCCCGGCGCCUCUCCUGCCGCUCGGGCCGCGUCUGCUCUCGGCCCACCUCAGCUCCCGGGCUGCGCUCUGGCCCCGACUCCCGCCGCACGGUCUCUCCGCUACUCUGAGCUCGGAGAGAGCGGCCCGAUCGCCUCCAGGCGCCCCGGCUCCGGCUCCGGCUCCGCCCGGCGCCCGCCCCCUCGGCCUCGCCGCGCCCCCGGAGCGCGCCCGGGCCCCGGCUGCCAGCGCGCCUAUCGCUCCCUCGGGCUCCGAGUCCGGCUGCGGCCCGGGCCCCGGCUCCGCCCGGCGCGGCCCGCCCCCGCGCAGCCCCGCCAGCUCCCCGCCCCGCCGCCUGGGCUCGGGGGCGCGCGGCUCCGCGAACAAAAGGCGGACGCGGCGGGAGCGGCAGGGAGGGACGCAGGCAGCGAGCGAGGGAGGGAUCUGCGAGGCAACAGCGACCCCCUCGAGGGUCAGGCGGGCCGGGUCCGCCGCGGCCCGGGCUCCUUUCUCCUCCGCUCCGCCGCCGCCCCCUCCCCUGCCGGCCCGGAGAGCGCACCCGGCGGAGGCCCCCCUGCUCCCCGCGUCCGAGCAGGGGUCGCGCGAGCGGCGAGAGGGAGGACUGCCAGGCAGAGGCCGGGCAGACCUCAGAUCGCUGGAGCCAGCAUCCAUAUACACGCCGAGUCCCUCGCCCCUCGCGGCUGUGCGGAGCGUGCGCGAACUCCGCCCCCCGAACCUCGCAGAGCGAGACGGAUUAUCCCAUUGUACAGAUGCGUAAAGUGAUGCCUAGGGCGGGCACACGAUUAACCCAAGGUCAGUCAGUGGCAGAGCGGGGAUGGAAUCCCAACCUCGCAGAUCCACACCUUCUGCUUCGGCUUCCCUCUCACAACUGUUGGGAGCGUGGAGCCCUGGAUGAAUGCCCGGCUCUGCACGUCUUGACCCGGGCGUACUACCGCUUCCCCCUACCCUGAUAGGGGAUCAGAGACUGCUCUCAGGCUCUGCUUGGCUAAAAUGGAGGCGACCCGUUCUGAGAAGUCAGACCAGCGGGUGCUCUAGGAAUAGGUUUUGGCUACUGUGGGGCUGAUCCAGGCCGGACACGGUGGCUCUGAUCCCCUACGCGUUCUCCCAAGAGUAACUCCGGACGACCCCGGAGCCCCAGCUCUGAUGGGUGUCGUUUCUUUCCUUCCAGGCUGUGCUCCUGUGUUGUUGAUUUUUCCGUGUGUCUGUCACACCUUCCCCGCACCACCCCCCUCCCCAUACCACCGAGCCACCGCUGGACAGAGCCACGUGGUGAAGUCCUUUGGCUGUCCUGUGGGCUGGCGCUCAACCUCAGGGUGGCACCCCUUGCGGGGCGGGGGGCGGGGAGGAAGGGGGGUCAGGGCGGUGUUUACCCCUCUGCAGCUUCUUCCUCCCUCUCCUCAUUUCCUUUCCCUCCCCCUUCUCCCCCUCUCCCUUUUCCCUUUCUCCUCUUCCCUCCUCCUGCCCAUUUUCUCCUUCUUCCUCUACUCCCCCAGUCCUGUUAGCUCACCUCCUUCUGCCCUUGACACACCACUGGCCCUAGGUCCGCUUCUGUGUUUCUGUCCCACCUCCCCAACAGCAGUGAAUACACUCCUCCUGCGGGUCGCCCUCUUGGAGGAGGCACAGCUUCUCAUCCCCAUCUAGGGGCAUUCUCACGCCCUCCUGGCAAGGCAUCAGUUGUCCUGUCCCCAGUGACUCUCCACCCACCCAGCCCACAGGCACCAGACGGGACCCUGAGGGACACAGUAGUGAGCUUGUCAGUGUCCACUCUCCUUUGGAGCCACCAUGUUGAAACGAAGCCCAGGCCUCAUGUUCCAGCCAACACCUCCAACUCUGGUCCCCACUAAGCCCCAGACAUGUGAGAGAGGGAAACUUCAGAUGAUUCAGCCUCCAGUCUUGUUGCUACCCCAGCUGAUGCCAAGUGGAGCAGAAAUGAGUUGUCCCAAACUGCAAAAUAAAUACUGUUCUAAGCCACUAACUUGGGGGGUACUUUGUUACACAGCCAUGGAUAACUGGAAUGCUAGUUCAAGGUCAUACAGCUUGGAAGUGGCAGGGCUGGGACUGAUUUGAACCCAAGGCCAUUCAGCUUGAGAGCCUGUUGUGUUGCACUACUGAGCAGUGUCCAGCUCAGGCACACAGCAUGUGCUGUACAAAGUCUUUUCAAGGCAUUCCCCAGUGGUCUAGUGGGUUAAGGAUCUGGCAUUAUCUCUGCAGUGGCUCAGAUCACUGCUGUGACAUGGGUUCAAUCACUGGCCUGGGAAUUUCUGUACACUGUGGGCACAGCCAAAAAAAAAAGGAGCCUAAUUCAAGAAGGCAUGAAGCACUAAUCAGAUUUAAGAAAUGAAGAUGCUGAUUACUCAGUGGGAAAAUAGUUUUUCUCCCUUUCAAGUGGCUAAAUUGACCAACGUGAUGGAAACUAAAUAAAAACUAAAUCCUGGAAGACUCUAGAGAGGAGAUGUUUUCAAAAAACAAACAAAAAACUAAAAAAACUAAAGAUUUUGUUCCUUAUACAAACCAGUGGCUGAAGGAGAAUUAGAGAAAUUAGUAGAGGAAACCGCUUUAAAAGGGUAAUCAUGAAGGCCUCUUUGAGGAAGUGAUAUUUAAACUAAAUUAUUCAAAGAGCCAGAGUAAGAGAAUUCCAGGAAGAAGGAACAGCAAGGGCAAAGCCCUAAAGAGGGAACAAGCUUGAUAGAUGUUCAAGAAAGUGAGAAAGUCAUUGGGACUGGCCCUUGAUGGCUGAGAGGAGAAGAGCAAGACAGAGCUGGAGUGGAUGUGGGAGCCAAGGCAGCCCUGGGCAGGGCUUUCUUCUUCUUUUUUUAAAUUCUCUGCCAGUCUCUGCCUUUU